GUACCUGUUGAAAAAAUAGAGUGAGAUACACCUGUUUUGUUAUUUAAGAAUUAAGGACAGGAAAACCCUUAAAUAAAGAUAACAAGAAUCUGAACUAACUAAGGAAUAUCAAAACACCAAAAUGAAAUAUUUGGAUAUACUCUGGCAUUUGGAUACCGGCUAGUCUUAUUCAAAUCUGUAAAAGGUACGUUUAAUGACAAAUUAUUGCUUCUUUUGAAAUGGCUGAUUCAUCACCUAUAUUUAUCUUAGGUGAAGUUUUAGAGAAACUUAGUUUCAAACAAUUUUAUCCCGAAAAACUAACACGGGAGGACCUGUAUCAAAUUACACCAGAGAGUCUAAACACAGGGCAAAAGAAGAGUUCAUUGGCAUGGCAGUUCGUGUAUGAUAUAACAAGAUAUAAUUAUCACGCUAGAAAUAUAAAAAUUUCCGGCACAGAACAUGUUGAACCAUUUAAGAUGGGUUUCAGGGAAAGAACACGACUAAAACGCGAAGCAACAAAUGCCAAUAUUCAUCCAUUGGACGUUUUAGUGGCUGUCUUUUUAUGCUGUGACCCCACAGCAAAACAAGAUCUUAUAAUGCAUCUAUGGGGAUGUAAGCUGGCAAUGCCUUUCUCGCUACAACUUUCUGCAACCGUAAAACCAACUGUAUUUCUAUGGCCUUUCCGCUCACUUAUAGGACAAUUUCAGAAGUAUGAUUCUUAUACAGAAAGGCAAAUGAUUCACGAGCCCAUGAAAUGCAUAGCAUUUAUAAGGGCAGGAGAAAAUGAACAGUUUUCAAAGUCAAGUUUAUUAAAUUGUUUAAUUGGUGGAUCGGAAAAACCACAUCCAAUGUUUUUUCACAGAAAUUCUGAGGGAUCAAAAAGGUCUAGAUCUAGCGCUACAAAUGGCCUUGUUGAACUCGGGUGGUUUUUGCCUUCCGAAAAUAAGGAUCGACGGUUUAACGAACCAAAAUUAUUCGUCAAUUUACGUGGAAAUGCCAUAGCUUUAAACAAACAGAUCGAUUUGAUUGGAACAAUGGCAACUGUAACAGUUUUUUUGUGCACCGUUCAAGAUUUAAACGACAUAAAAAUGACAGUAAAGCGGUUACUUAGUUUGGGGUCACGCGUGAUUUUACUGAUAUCAGACCAGAAUCCAGAUAACGAUGUAAUAGAUAAUUAUAUAAGAACUUCAUUUGAAAAUGAACCAGAGUCCCAUUUUGAUAUAGUGACUGCUGAGCGGGCCAUGCUUUCUGAUAUGCUGGACAUGUUAUUACAUAAUAUAAAUAGAAUUGAACAUGGAGGCAAAGAGGUUGUUUUAUCUGAUAUUGUAAAAAAUCUUUCAAAUAUGAAAUUUUGCGUGGAUGAAUCAAACAUUGACUUUGCAACAGCUUUCGAAUAUUCCAAAGACAUGAUUGAUGCUAUAAAAUGUGUAGAUGAAAAAGAGAGAAAGCUUACAAUACUGCCGCUUCAAGAAAAGUUUUGGAAAACCUGGGCGCAAAUGGAUAGAGAUUUUUGGAGAUUUGAUCAAUUAGAUGAAAGUGAAAAGAAAAGAUAUGAAAGUAAAGAAAAAUUGGAAAAGGACAUGUCAAAAGUUAGAAAUCGACAAUUUCAACAUUUUGCAAAUAAGGGCAUUUCCAAGCCGAUGGUGAUAUUCAUUAAGGCCUUAUCAAAUUUCAAAGAUUUUACACGGAAAAUAUUUCUGAGAAUGCUAAAGCUUGAAUUAGAUAGCCUUUCGCGAAUCCACCUUAAACCAUUCUAUGAUAAAUAUCAGGAACUUGUAAAUCAAACAAUUCAGGCAACAGAAGAAGAGAGAAUUAAAAUCAAUAAUAAACUGUCUGAUCUUGACGAUAUGAAAUCGAAAUUGUCAUUUGGGAUGGAGCAUGUUGUCAGGGAACUUGGUCAGUUGUAUGAGGCAUGUGAGAGUCAGCCUGAUCAAGAAAUUAUAAUUCAAAUAGAGAAACAAAAGAUAUCGUAUAAGAAACUACCCCUAUAUGCUUGUUUGUCUCUUUUAGAAGGUUAUCCUAUUGAAAUUCUUGAUGGCGAAGCUUGUUCAGUACCAAUACUUUGGAUAAGCUCAAUUUUUAAGGAGCUUCCAGACGUUCUGAGAAAUAAUAAAAUCUUAAAACCUGCAGAUGACAUACGUGUGCAUACCAUAUCAGUCCUUGGUAUUCAAAGCUCAGGAAAGUCUACAUUUUUGAAUGUUUUGUUUGGCCUCCACUUCGCAGUUAGUGCAGGACGUUGCACGAGGGGUGCAUUUAUGCAAUUAGUUAAAGUUCAGCCAUCGGAAGAAAAUGAAAUUCAGGCAGAUUUUAUUCUUGCUAUUGACACAGAAGGCCUGAAAGCUGCAGAACUUAUUUCUACAGAAUCCGUUAAACAUGACAACGAAUUGUCAACAUUUGUCAUAGGCUUAGCUGACACAACUGUAAUAAAUCUCAUGGGAGAGAACGCAACAUAUUUACAUGAAAAUUUACCAAUCGCAGUUCAUGCUUUCCUGAGAAUGAACCUUGUCGGAUUACACCCACGUUGUACAAUUGUGCACCAUAACGUUGACAAACGAAACAGAGAGAAACUUAUUCAACAGAGUCGCAUUCUUGAAAAUGUCCUAAAUAACCUGACAAAAAAGGCCUGUGAAUUAGAAAAAAUUCCUCCAAGGUUAUUUCAUGAAAUUAUAGAAUUUUCUAUUUUUCACCAUACUGAUUACAUCCCAAGCUUGUAUGAAGGGGAACAACCAAUGGCACCAGUAAGUAUCGGGUAUAGUAAGGAAGUUGACAGUGUAAGAACAAAACUUAUGGAUUAUGUUUGUUGUGAUUCAAAAAUCGAUAAUAUGGCAAAUUUUGUCCGCCAUUUAAAAACUUUGUGGAAUGCUAUCAAAAAAGAUCGUUUUGUUUUUGAGUUUCGCACAACUCUUGAGGCAGAAGCACGCCUUGAUCUGGAUAAAGGUUACUUCAGAAUUCUUAUGGAGUAUUUUAAGCAGGUAGACGAAAUAUCUACUAGACUGAUAGCAAGGCUAAAAAGCAAGCAAUACACACAAAAGAAUGUCGCAGACAGAUUUUCUAAAGAUGAAGCUGUAGUAAAAAACAAGGCUAUGGCAGAACUCAAAAAAUUUCUUGAAAAACCAAAAAAAAUUACGUCUCCUUAUUUUGAUCAUUGGAAACAAAAAUGUCUCGAAAAUCUUCAAAGUGAAACGGAAAAAGUUCGAGUCUCAACAAAAGAAAUAUUUCAGUAUGUAAGCACUCAAUCAUUUCCUUCAAUUCCAGCAAAGAGCAUUGAAGAUUUCAUUGAUAUGAUGUCCAAUUAUCAAAGACUUUUCAAAGACUUCGAGAUUUGCUUUUCAAAAGUUUGGCGUGAAUGGGUCAAAACAUUAAACUUUCCUUCUCCGGAAAAAUCAAUAUUACCUGAUAUAACAGAGGCAUUGCAAGCGGUUUGUCCAGCUUAUAAACAUUUGCUUUCCGAAAAGAAAGUUAAAGCUUCUUCUUUAUCAAACAUCCGACCGGAUGAACAAGCACAUUUAAAUCACGCUUUUCAUAAAUUUUCAUCAUCCCGUGUAGCCGAACUUCUAUCAAAAAUGAUGGCUAUUCAAUCGCAAAUCAGUAAUGAGUAUUCCCAGGAAAUAUCGGCGUUUUUCAUAAAGCUCAUGCCUUACUCAAAUAUUGUACCAAAACAAAUUUUAUUGAAAAUUGGAAAACGUCUACAUGAAGAACUUGAUAGUUAUGAUACAAAAAAGGAAAUUAGCCAAAUGUUCUCCAUCGAUUUACUCCUUUGUACAUCAGGAACUAUGGUCAAUGAUUUACAGUGCCACAUGGAAAAGCAUAGUGUCUUACGAUCAGUUGAGAAAGAACUAAGGGUGUUGGCAAAAAAGCAAGAGGAAAAGAAGGUCACGGACAUUUUGUUUGAAAUGAUAUUUAGUACCAUAGAAAGAAUGGUUAAAGUAAACUUUUACCGAAUAUCACAGAGAUGUCUGCUCAAUGCUUUAGAAACGUCUAAUUUAAAAGUGGCCUUUCACUCAAAACAAGGCCUUUUAGGAUAUUGCUUGUACCAUGCUAUCAACACUGAUAAUGACGAGUUAUUAAGUCUUUAUUUUCAUUCCCCAGAAAACGCGACUACGAAAUGUUUGUCUUCAAUCCUGAUAACAUUAGCCAAUGAUACAGGAUUUAAGGAAAUCAUAAAAAAGUACUUGAGAGAAAAAACAUUGAAUAUGUUUGAAUAUAUUUUAUGCUCAUUAAAAGAAGACAACGUUUCUUUUCAUGACGUUUUUCAACGUUUUAGCAAGCAUGUUUAUAUAGAUUUAAGUAUUAUUGAUCUUUUUAAACAAAAAGCUAAAGGAUAUUUGGAAAUUACAGUUAACAUUGGAAGACUGAAGGACGAAAUGAAAGGGAAAUGUGAACAGUUUCUGGAUGCAACAACAGCAGACCUCGCUUCAGAAAUAUCUACUAAUUCAAUGAAUGUGAUUUCAAUGAUUGCAAAUAAAUUUAGUGGCAAAGUCAUUGGAUGUCAAGCAUUGUGUCCGUUUUGUAAAGAAAUCUGUAAAUUUUCUUCUUGUCAUCCUGGCCAUCAUGAGUGUUUUAUUCACCGACCAGUUGGUUGCCGAGGAAUGCAUUGGAAGGGGACACGUGAGCUCUCCUAUGAAACCUGCACGUUACAUUGUAGAAAAGGAAAUUUAUUCAACUACAAAGAUAGAUAUGUAAGCUUUAGAGAUUUAAAUAGUGUUUAUCCAAAUUGGAAAGUUCGCAUGACCUUAAAUGAAGAACCAUCAUGUGUUUGGAAAUGGAUUUUUGUAAAUAAGCAUCAUAUUUUGCGAUCAAGUGGGUUGUAUGAGCUGCCAAAGAAUAUGCCAUUUGAAUGGCAUUUUAUACACAAGAAGACUGUACUUCGAAAUAUACGACUGCAGUUUGAAAUUUAA